GGCAGCCAAGGGAGGCACCGUCAAAGCUGCUUCUGGCUUCAACGCCGCCGAAGAUGCCCAGACCCUGAGGAAGGCCAUGAAAGGGCUCGGCACAGAUGAAGAUGCCAUCAUCAGCGUCCUCGCCUACCGCAGCACCGCCCAGCGCCAGGAAAUCAGGACAGCCUACAAGAGCACCAUCGGCAGGGACCUGCUGGAUGACCUGAAGUCGGAACUGAGUGGCAACUUUGAACAGGUGAUCUUGGGGAUGAUGACACCCACCGUGCUGUACGACGUGCAGGAGCUGCGAAGAGCCAUGAAGGGAGCUGGCACGGAUGAGGGCUGUCUGAUUGAGAUCCUGGCUUCCCGGACGCCCGAGGAGAUUCGGCGCAUAAACCAGACCUAUCAGCUGCAAUAUGGGCGGAGCCUUGAAGAUGACAUUCGCUCUGACACGUCGUUCAUGUUCCAGCGGGUGCUGGUGUCUCUGUCCGCUGGUGGCAGAGAUGAAGGAAAUUAUCUGGAUGAUGCUCUCGUGAGACAGGAUGCCCAGGACCUGUAUGAGGCUGGAGAGAAGAAAUGGGGGACAGAUGAGGUGAAAUUUCUAACUGUGCUCUGUUCCCGGAAUCGAAAUCAUUUGUUGCAUGUGUUUGAUGAAUACAAAAGGAUAUCACAGAAGGAUAUUGAACAGAGUAUUAAAUCUGAAACAUCUGGUAGCUUUGAAGAUGCUCUGUUGGCCAUAGUAAAGUGCAUGAGGAACAAAUCUGCAUAUUUUGCUGAAAGGCUUUAUAAAUCCAUGAAGGGCUUGGGCACUGAUGACAACACCCUCAUCAGAGUGAUGGUUUCUCGAGCGGAGAUUGACAUGAUGGACAUCCGGGCAAACUUCAAACUCUAUGGCAAGUCUCUCUACUCCUUCAUCAAGGGUGACACAUCGGGAGACUACAGGAAGGUACUACUUAUUCUCUGCGGAGGAGAUGAUUGA